UGCGUAGACUCAGUGUGUUAAAAACAAAACAAAACAAAACAAAAUUGUAAUCCAUGUUUGUUCCCUCUUAGCCGCUCUUGCCGCUUUCACGUUACGGCACAACACAGAGUAACCAACAAAAACCAUUUCAUUAAAUUCUAAAUACUUAAAUACUCAGCGCUUACGAACACAAUCACAAACAUAAACACAAACACACACACGACACAAUCACAAACAUAAACACAAACACACACACGACACAAUCACAAACAUAAACACAAACACCCACACGACACAACACACAAUCCACCUUCUCCUUUUCACUCUUCCACAUGCCGUUCGGCUCUUCCGCGGAUGUCUCCGCCUUCAAAUUCCUCUUCCUUCUGGCGGUGGCGUACGGCCUCAUGUCGGCGCUCGCUUACUCCGUCAUCCACAUGGCCUUCGUCCACCCUCUCGGCAACGACGCGCCGCUCGAUCGCUUCUCCGAAGCCAGAACCGUCGAACACGUUCGUAUGUUGUCGCAGGAGAUCGACGGUCGCCAAGAAGGGCGUCCUGGAUUGAAAAAGGCUGCACAGUAUAUUAAGGGUCAGUUGGAUGCAAUAAAGGACCGAGCUAGCUCCAAUGUCAGAAUUGACGUCGAGGAGACAACCGUAAGUGGCUCCUUCAAUAUGUUGUUUUUGGGCUUCAACAUAGGUCUCGGAUACAGAAAUCAUACUAAUAUUCUUAUGAGGAUAUCAUCUGUGGAUUCCAAAGAUACUGAUCCAUCAGUUUUAGUGAAUGGGCAUUUUGAUAGUCCACUUGGUUCCCCUGGGGCCGGUGACUGUGGUUCAUGCGUUGCAUCUAUGCUAGAAAUUGCAAGAUUAAUUGUGGACUCUGGUUGGGCUCCCUACCGCCCAAUUAUUUUCCUUUUUAAUGGUGCUGAGGAACUUUUCAUGUUGGGUUCACAUGGGUUCAUGAAGACACAUAAAUGGCGUGACACAAUUGGAGCUUUUAUAAAUGUGGAGGCAUCCGGGACUGGAGGGCCAGAUUUAGUUUGCCAAUCUGGACCCAGUUCCUGGCCUUCUAAUGUCUAUGCAGAAGCAGCAAUAUAUCCUAUGGCUAAUAGUGCAGCACAGGAUGUUUUUCCUAUUAUUCCUGGUGAUACAGAUUUUCGAAUAUUUUCCCAAGACUAUGGAAAUAUUCCUGGACUUGACAUUAUCUUUCUCCUUGGUGGUUAUUUUUACCAUACCUCUUAUGAUACAGUAGAGAGACUAAUACCCGGAAGCAUCCAAGCACGCGGAGAGAAUUUGUUCAGCAUAAUCAAGACUUUUACUAAUUCUUCUAAGCUACAAAACUCCUAUCAAACAAAUUCUAGUGAAGUUAUUAAUAGCACGUUCAAUGAUGAGCGGGCUGUAUUCUUUGAUUAUUUCUCAUGGUUUAUGAUAUUUUAUUCCAAAAGGGUAGCUAAAAUUCUUCACAGUAUUCCUAUCUUCUUCUUUCUUGUCAUUUCCUUCACACAUGGUGGAUCACAUUCUUGGUCAGCAGCUUUAUGUGAUUUUAUAAAAGGGCUUUUGUUCCAUGCAAUUGGGAUUAUAUUGGCAAUUAUUGUUCCUGUUGUGUUUUCUAUUUUUAGAUUACUAUUCUCUUCUCAGACAAUGAAUUGGUUCGCUCAUCCAUACUUGGCUUUCUUGAUGUUUAUACCCUGUGCACUUAUUGGACUUUUAAUUCCAAGAAUUAUCUGGAGAUGCUUUCCUCUUUCUCAAGACGUUUCAAUUGUCAAGUCAUCGAAAGAGGCACUAUCUGAUGAAGCAAGGUUCUGGGGAGCAUUUGGGUUCUAUGCUGUAUUAACUUUGGCUUAUCUUGUAGCUGGUUUGAGUGGAGGUUUUGUGACUUUUUUUGUGUGUGCUUCCAUGCUUCCUGCAUGGAUAUCCUUCUGCUUGUCAGUCAAAUCUUUUGGACAGCGGUCGCUCAGGUCAACAAUGUUCUACAUAUUACCUCUAGUUCCAUGCCUUGCAUAUUCUGUUUAUUUUGGUGGCAUUCUUGCCCAGUUUCUGAUAGAGAAGAUGGGAAUGAUGGGUUCUCUUCCUCCACCAUAUGGGCACUAUGUUCCUGAUGUUAUUGUGGCUGCAUUAAUUGGAAUUGUAACUGGUUGGUGCACGGGCCCUCUAAUGCCCAUAUGUGGGCAUUGGUUAGCCAGAUCAUCCAUCGUGCAAUUUCUGCUGCAUCUUAGUGUGUUUGCUUUGGCGUUAUCAUCUCAGUUUUUUCCUUACACCAUGUCUGCACCUAAGAGGAUUGUUUUUCAGCAUACUUUCCAUACUGAAGGCUCAAGUCAGAUUAGGGAAUCUACUUAUGAUUUUUCUGUGACUGAUUCCAAUUCUUUACUUUUCCUUUUCAAAUACUCACCUGAAGUGGCAAAGGAAUUGAAUAUUACUUCUGAGUUUUCAUUUGAAUCUGCAUCAUUGUUUAAACGCAAUGAUUGGAUGGCAAUUUUUCCAGUUUCUUUUCUCUUUUCAAACAGUCUGAAGUUCCCUGCAGAAAGGGAUGAUAUUUUGAAACAGUAUGAAUUUUUUCCCAAGUUGUCUGUUCAAAAUCCAUCUUUAAAUUCUGAAAAGGGACCAAGAAGAGUUCACUUGGAGCUUUAUUUGGGUUCCUUGGAAGAGGUCUGGGUUGCUGUUCUCAACAUCACUGGUCCUUUAUCAAGUUGGUCGUUUGCAGAUAAUUUGCUUCCAGGAACUGAAACCUAUGGUGGUGGUCCACAAUCAUAUAUAUGUCGUCUUAGUGGACCCAGUGAUGGGAAUUGGACCUUCUGGUUAGAGGCUAACAGCUCUGAAGCAUUAAGAGUGGACCUAGCAGUUUUAGACCAAAAGUUAGUUAGUCCAGCAAAGAGAUUGAAGGAUCUUUUCCCAGACUGGGUUGAUGUUGUUGCCUAUUCUAGUUAUAUGUCUAGCUAUAUCUUCUAAGAGUUAUAGUUUUAUGUCUUGAAAGGACAUUUUAACUUGUUUCAAGACCAAAUUUGUACAUAAUAGCUUUAGGAAUUGACACUAUAACUAUUCGUUAAGUAUCGUAAUCCUACUUCCAGCAUAGGAAUUUAUUCUUUAUGUAAACGUUCUUAGCAGAAAAAGUAACAUCGAAUUUAUAGAUGCAAAACCAGAAGCAAAAUUUGAUACUA